GGUUCCUGCACAAAGAGGAGACCUUUGCCCAGCACCUCAGCACCUUCCUUGGGAGUCAACAGGUGCAACUGGACGAUCCAAAUCCUUCAUCUGCCUCGGACACCGGGACCCGUCUGACCGCCCCAUUCCGUUUUUUCGAGACCAUGGACACAGCUGCGAUGGUGACUCUUCUGGCUCUGGUGUUGGCGACGGCUGGCGUCGGCCGGGCGCUUCACAUCCAAGGCAGCCUGGACAAAAACGAUGUGCUGCCAGACUCGGAGGAGAAUAUGGCCGACCACCUGCUGGGGCUGGAGAGUGAAAACACAGGUGACAGCAUCGAUGACCGUCUACUGACUGCAGUGCUGAGAGCUCUGCUGCUGGGAUCUCAGAGAGAAACCAGGAACUCUGUCCUCCAUCAGCCACAGAGGUUUGGCCGCGGCUCCAGAAGGGAGGCGGCGUCGGAGGAUCAGUUACACUCUGCCCCGGGUCAGAUCUGGAGUAUGGCGGUGCCCCAGAGAUUCGGCAAGAAAUAAUCCAUGCGUCGAUGUUCCCGGCAUCAGGCCAAGCAGCGGCCAGCUGUGGAGGAGACACAAUUUGAAUGAAUAAAUAUGAGUUGUAUUGAACCUUUUUUUCUCAGAACAGUCCCACCCCGUUUGGCCCCGUUUGACACGCUUGGUAAAAAAUUACUUGAGCUUAAUUUGACUGUUUUCUGUUUUUAAAGCAUGUUGAUGGGCGAGGUUUUCUGUGCAGACCUCACUUUUCCUGACUAUUGUUUUUACUGUUAUUUAGGACCAAACGUGUUUGCUGUUAGUUGAUGGGUAAACCUUCUGGUGUUGUUCUGUUAUCUGGUCAAAUAAAAAAGCUUUUAAAUUGGA